GAUUUGGAAUAUUUGACGUCUGCUUCUUGCAACAGCCCAAGAGCCAGUCAAAAUAGCAUCAUCGUCGGAGUUGUGUGCUGGUAUGGUCAUCGGAGAGCGGCGCCUUUGGUGGUCACUGUCGCUCUGUAUUGGAACUUUGAGAGAGAGAGAGAGAAACAGAGAGAAAGAGAGAGAGAGAGAGAGAGAGAGAGAGAGAGAGAGAGAGAGAGAGAGAGAGAGAGAGACACCUCUCUGAAAGGGCUGGACGUACUACGCGCAAGGAAAGAACGCGCUUUGACUUUGAGCCUUGAGGAAACCAGACGACAUUUCUCUCACCCCCGCUCACACACACACACACACACACACACACUCGCAGACGACAAAACCGGAGGCGAAUUGCUCAUCUGAGCUGUUUACUGAAACAGAACUGAAGAAAUAGUCUCAGAAAUUGGCUACUGUAGGCGUAUGGUGUUCAGUCAUUUCUUACUUCACAGAAAUGAGUGACGGAAUCUUCUUGAGGACAAUUUCUGAGGAUUAUACGUUGGUUCAUGCAAUGAUGUCGUAGCCAAGAGCUGUUUGUUCUUCACUUGGACUUGACUUCUGGAAUGUGCUGAACACAUAGAGCCUUGACGGAUUAUUGUACUAAUCUGAAAAAGGUGGUGCAUCAUCCUCCUGACCCCAGCACUCCCCGAUACACCACGGCGAGAAGGACAGAAUCGGUUUUCACCAACACUAUAACAUGUUUGAUAGCACAGGACAGCACAGCACACCACAGCACAGCAUAGACGGAAACUGACCACGACAAGAUCAAACCACUUAAAACCACAGCAGAAAGAUCAAAAUGUGUACGCGAAAGUCAUUCCUACCCCGCCAUCUCAUGCCUCUCCGGACUCUCCUGGUGCUGCUCUUAGUGUCCUACACGUGCGCAGACAUCGAGGUGGAGAUAGACGAGGAGCUGGCACCUGGCUCUUACGUUACAGACAUCCCCGAUCACGCGACCGUGUUCAACAACCUUGACCCCGACCAGAUCCCGCUGAUGACCUACGCCAUCUUGGACCAGAAUUCUCCACCGGCCAACUACUUCCGAGUGGAGAGCCAAAGCGGCAGGAUCACGGUGGUCAGGAAAAUGGAUAGGGAAGAAGUGUGUGACCAGACAGUACUUUGUGAG